AUGGCUGCUAUCAACAAGAUCGCCCUCAACUCGCCCUCGAGGCAGAACCCCUCCGAGCUGGAGAACGCGAUCGCCGGCGCUCUCUUCGACUUGGAGAGCAACACACAGGACCUGAAGGCCACCCUUCGUCCUCUGCAGUUCGUCUCUGCCCGUGAGGUUGAGGUCGGCCACGGCAAGAAGGCUGUCAUCAUCUUCGUCCCUGUCCCUCUCCUCCAGGGCUUCCACAAGAUCCAGCAGCGCCUGACCCGUGAGCUCGAGAAGAAGUUCUCCGACCGCCACGUCCUCUUCGUUGCUCAGCGCCGCAUCCUGCCCAAGCCCAAGCGCUCUGUCAACUCCCGCACCAACCAGAAGCAGAAGCGUCCCCGUUCCCGCACUCUGACUGCUGUCCACGACGCCAUCCUCGGCGACCUGGUCUACCCCGUUGAGAUCGUCGGCAAGCGCAUCCGCACCAAGGAGGACGGCAGCAAGACCCUCAAGGUCAUCCUGGAUGAGAAGGAGCGUGGUGGUGUUGACCACCGUCUCGAUGCCUACGGCGAGGUCUACCGCCGUUUGACCGGCCGCAACGUCGUCUUCGAGUUCCCCCAGAGCAGCGCCUCUGACUUUUAG